AUGGGAGUUGAUUACUACAAGGUUCUUGAAGUCGAUCGCAACGCAAGCGACGAUGAUCUGAAGAAAGCUUACAGAAAACUCGCCAUGAAGUGGCAUCCCGACAAAAACCCAAACAACAAAAAGGACGCCGAGGCUAAAUUCAAAAAGAUCUCCGAAGCUUACGAGGUUCUUAGUGAUCCUCAGAAGAAAGCUGUGUAUGAUCAAUACGGUGAGGAAGGAUUGAAAGGGAACGUGCCACCUCCUGGUGCUGGUGGAGCUACUUACUUCUCUACCGGUGACGGUCCAACGUCCUUCCGGUUCAACCCGAGAAGCGCAGACGAUAUUUUCGCUGAGUUCUUUGGGUUCUCUAGCCCGUUUGGUGGUGGUGGUGGCAGAGGUACACGAUUCUCUAGCAGCAUGUUUGGUGGUGAUGAUAUAUUUGCUUCUUUCGGCGAAGGAGCCACCGGUGGUGGCGGCGGGAUGCAUCACGGUGGAGCUAGGAAGGCAGCUCCUAUCGAAAACAGGUUGCCUUGUAGCCUUGAAGACCUUUACAGAGGAACCACCAAGAAGAUGAGAAUCUCCAGGGAGAUUGCUGAUGUCAGUGGCAAGACGAUGCAGGUGGAAGAGAUAUUGACCAUUGAUGUGAAACCUGGGUGGAAGAAAGGCACGAAGAUCACAUUCCCAGAGAAAGGGAAUGAGCAUCCCGGUGUGACUCCAGCGGAUUUAGUCUUCAUCAUCGACGAGAAGCCUCACCCGGUAUUUACUCGAGAGGGUAAUGACCUGAUAGUCACACAAAAGAUCUCGCUUGUUGAGGCCUUGACCGGUUACACGGUGAAUCUGACAACACUUGAUGGUCGGAGAUUGACAAUCCCUGUCACUAACGUGAUUCACCCUGAGUACGAAGAAGUGGUUCCAAAGGAAGGAAUGCCAUUGCAGAAAGAUCAGAGUAGGAGAGGAAACUUGAGGAUCAAGUUCAACAUCAAGUUCCCUACCAGAUUAACCACAGAGCAGAAGACUGGAGUGAAGAAGCUACUCGGAUAG